CUUCAAGUUUUCAACAAGGUUAGUGGUCUGGGGACGCUACAGUGUAUCCAUCUCGUGUCAAUUUCUUCCUGUUUACUUUUCUUCUCUUCAUAAUUUCCUAGAAUCUCUCUCUUUCUGCUCGUUCAAGACCGGGUUCCGUUGUAUCAUUACUAGCACAGAACGCCUGCUGCUGCCUACUGCCUGGACGUAUUGUCCGACAGUCCUAACGAGCAAUGGAGUGGCUUGGUCGUGCUAAGAUUAACUUCACGCAUUCUACAACUCCGCUGUCUUUGACAAGGAAAGAUGGGGCACCUACGGACUUGCUCUCUAUCUGUGAGGAAGCUACCCCGCCAUGCAAACUCAAUCCAUUGUUGUUCAAUGGCCAUGUACAGACAAUGUGGACCGCGGUCAAAAACGAUGGACCUCCAUUGUACUACAAGCGCAAGAUUUUUGAGAAUGAAGAUCCAGCAUUUGCAGGAUCAUUCGCUGUAGACUUCAUUUCUCGUCCCUCUCCGGAGAAGGAUACAUCACUUCCCAUUAGAACGACGUAUUUCAUAGAUGACGAAUUUAGUUCUAUCAGCUCUGAUGAUACCCGUCCAAUGUUGGUGGUUCUUCAUGGUCUUUCUGGAGGCUCAUAUGAAAUCUAUCUGAAGCAUGUUAUUGCUCCUCUCGUGGGAGCGGAGGGUGAAAAGCAAUGGGAAGCUUGCGUCAUCAAUUCCAGAGGUUGUGCUAUGCAUAAGAUCACAAGCAGUAUCCUCUUCAAUGCUCGUGCAACGUGGGACAUUCGACAAAUGAUUUUGUGGCUGAGGAAGACAUUUCCGAACAGACCAUUGUUUGGCAUUGGUUUCUCUCUAGGUGCCAAUAUCCUAACCAAUUACAUUGGGGAAGAAGGGGCUGCUUGCCAGCUUAAAGCUGCUGUUGUUUGCUCGAAUCCAUGGAACCUCGAUGUUAGUUCAGCUGCUCUGCAGCGGACCUGGCUAGGCAGGGAGGUGUAUCUUAAAACUAUGGGUGGUAACUUGAAGAAACUGAUCGAGCUUCAUCAUGAUCAAGUAGCCAAAAACCCAAAGCUGGACUUUGCCAAAAUUCGGGCCGUCAAAUAUCUCUACGAGUUUGAUCGGCAUGUUCAAUGUCCAACUUGGGGCUACCCGACAGAAGGAGCCUACUAUAGAGAUGCUUCGUCAACAGACUCAUUAUUUGCCAUUAGGAUACCUCUCUUCGUUAUCAAUGCCAAGGAUGAUCCAAUUGCGGUUGACGAAGGACUCCCGUACGAAGAAAUUAAACAAACUCCAUAUGCUGUAAUGUGUACAACUUCCUUGGGUGGCCAUCUCUCUUGGUUCGAGAUGAAUGGCCACAGAUGGCACGCCCGCCCGGCUUCAAAUUUCUUGAACAAGAUGGCUUUCGAAGUAGAUGUCACCGCUCCCGUUGACAUCUUUCAGAACGGAGUGACAAAACAUAGCCAAAGUGGUGCUGAGUACGAUUCGAUGCGACGAAAAUGGCAGAUGUAGACUGGUCACUUGAUAUAGAAUACUUGUAGACAUAGACUGUACAUAAAGAGAUAUCCUUCUGCUUCUAGCAAAAAGAGCCACUGAUAGAGCAAUCUAG